UUUUCCUAUAUACAGGUUGAGGGCAAUUUAAGCGCAUAGGUUUUUUUUUUUUUUUAUGGCUAAAUUGAAUAGAUAAGUAGAACUCGACACCCAGUAUACUUGAAGGAAUAGUUUUUUUAUUGUUUUUAUCUGAACUGAUUUGGAGAAAUGUUGCAUUACAUUACUUACUCAUCAAUGGAUGAUCUGAAGUGAAUGGGUGCCGUUAGAAUGAGAGUCGGAGCAGCUGAUAAAAACAUUGAACAUUUUUACAUAAAGCAAUGUUUUUUUUAAAUAAAUCCAUUAAGGCAUUUGCUAAAGUGGUUGAUUUCAGCUAAAACAGUCCAUAAUCCAUAACAUUCCUUUCUCUGUAGUAAAAGUCUGCUCUCCGUUGUCAUCUCGCAUCGAAAUCUACCUACAUGGGCAAUUGUGCUUAUAUAUGGAAUCUAUUAAUAUUAAUAUCCUGAUUCAAUGCAUUUUGGAGUUAAUUUAUUUUUUUAGAAACACACAGCUUUACACUUUACUAGGGUCUUGUGGAUUACUGUGGUAUUUCUGUCAUCUGUUUGGACACUCAUUCUGACGGCACCCAUUCACUGCAGAGGAUCCAUCAAAGAACAAGCGAUGUGAUAUUAAAUUUCUCCAAAUCUGUUACGGUGAACGAACAAACCCAUCAACGUCUUGAAUAGCCUGAGGGUGAGUCAGUUUCUCUGCAAAUUUUCCAGUGUUUCUUUAAAAAAGUCGAUCGUUUUAUUUGUCCUAUAAAGCAUAUAUGAUUCGAUUAUGAAUAUUAGGUGAAGUAACGUGGAUAGACGUGUAGAAUACUCAUGGGCUUGUGUAAGUUCACAGGUGCUGAAGUUGUCGUUUUUUCCUGGGAUGGUGUUUGAGCCCUGACCAGUGUCCAGCAGGACGUUUCGUCUGCCACGUGUCGUCUGAAAAAGAUCCAGCUGCCGGGAGCCUGGAUAUAUUCCAUCCCAUAAUAGCUUUGCUUCUUCCUGUGGCACGCUGAAUCCAAAAUAAACAGCAGCUAUCACUGCAUAGAUAACAAUAUCAUACACAAGAAGAAUGCAUGACGGCAAAUGUGUCCUGAGGAAACCUUAAACGCUCCAGGACUUCAGGAUUGAGACAGUUCAUUCUAAAGGUUUCUAACCUAACUUAUAAAGCUUCUUAAAAGGAUAGUCCACCCAAAAAAUAACAUUUUGAAGAAUGCUGGUCACUGAAGUUUUGGUUUCAUUCUACUUCCAUGAUAUAAUUGUUGUCAGGUUUUUUUUAGUUGAGAAACUGGGGCUAGCUGUCACACUUAAAAACUGACUAUAUACACACCCACACAAUUAUUAUUUUUUUUGUCUAAUGAAAUGAUACCCCACAUUUAAAACAAGUCAAUUUCCACAUAAUUUAGCUAAAUUAUAAAAGGAAAAAUAACUAUAAAACUCUAAAUAUUUUUGUGACAAUUUUGAAGGUAACAAAAAUCUAUUUUGAGCAACAGAUAAUGUUUUAUAAACUCUCCUGUUAAAAAUUUGACAACUUGCUUAUAAAAAUUACCUUUUUAGUGAAGUUAACUUUAUAUACAGAUUUUUGUUUAGUAUAUAAUAUUGUGGCUUUAUUGUGUUUGUUACAAUAAUAUGAUACUUGAAUUUUAGUGUGGAGGAGAUAAUAUUCAAAGUUUAUUUUAUUGGUCUGUAUUUUAUGUAACACUUCUAGUCAUGAGUUUUAAGCAUGAGGAUUGCUGAGGCCAGUGUGUGUGUGUGUGUGUGUGUGUGUGUGUGUGAGGUGCAUGAGGAACGUCACUCCUCCUCUCUGCUUAGGAUGAAGACCCAAAGCAGCAGGUUCUUAUUACAGCAGUUUUCCUCUGCGAGCAGAGCUGAGAAGCAGAGAUCUGUCCUCAUUCUCCAGACUUCACCAUGAGACUCCGAGACGGCUGUCUCCUGCUGGGCGUCCUGCUGCUCCUCGCACACUCCUCACACCAGCAGAACGCCCCAAAAAGAAGCCCGCUAAGAAAGGUGAGACAAGAAUCCAGCGCUGCUUUGGAGGACCUGCAACAGCAGAUCAACGACAUUGUGAUGGAACUGAAUCUUCUAAAGGAGCAGCAGGCCCUGCAGACCGUCUGUCUGAAAGGCACGAAGAUCCCCGGUAAGUGUUUUCUGGUGGACACCGAGAAGAAGCGCUACCACGCGGCCAAUGAAGACUGCAUCGCCAAGGGAGGCAUCCUCAGCUCUCCUCUGUCUUCUGACGAAAACGCGCAACUCUACGAUUACGUGCGCCGGAGCAUCGCCCCCGACGCUGAUAUCUGGCUGGGCGUCAACGACAUGCAGACGGAGGGCGUUUGGAGGGACCAGGCCGGCUCGAACAUCCGCUACAAGAACUGGAAACUCCCGCAGCCCGACGGCAGCAGCGCAGAAAACUGCGCCGUACUCUCCGGCGCUUCCGGCGGGAAGUGGCUGGACGAGAACUGUCGCGAGGAGAGAGCUUCCGUCUGCGAGUUCAACAUCGUCUGAGUUCACUCGGCGGCCCGGUUUGCUUAUCCGUCUGUCCUUUCCGUUGCACGGUCCUGCCUGCAUUGUGUUUGCUUUGUAAUUGUAGACGUUUCUUUCGCGGAGGACAAAGGUUGUCAUUUCAGUCCAUAAAAAUGUUAGAUCUAUAAUCAAACAACGCUGUGAUAAAAGGCAUUUUUGAACAGGCCCCAUUAAGAGCUAGCCAAAAACGCAAAAUAAACAAACUCAUUAAAGAAGAAAUUCAGGCAAAAAUGAACGUUUACUGACCCUCGGGCCAUCCAGACAUUACAAUAAUCCACAAGUAAUCCACGCUGGGCUCCAGUCCAUCAAUUAAAGCAUUGUGAAAGGAAAAACUGUUUAUUUGUAUGAAAGAAAUACAUUUACUUUCAAGCCCUUUGCUUCUGGCUAAAAUACAUCAUAUUUAAUACAUCCUCCAGUCAAAAAUUAAUCCCGUUCACAAUUAAAAACAAACAUAUUUGUUUUAUUCUGAGUCAGACAAGACAACUUUUCACCAUGACUUGAGGGUGAGUACAUUUUCAGCAGUUUUUCAUUUUUAGAAAAAUAUUAAUUUAAGAUUCCUGAAUCCUGAUGAAUUUCGAGUCCAGUCACCUGAUAAAAAUCCAGUCAAACGAUGAUUAUUUCAGAUUGCUAGCUUUGUUACUUGUUUAUUUUCUAACAAACUAAAUGUCUAGCCUGAUAUAACCUGAAUAUAUAUUUUUAUCUUAAUAAAGUGCAUCAAAAAUA